GAAAGGAAAGAGAGGGGAAGCUAAUCAGAGAAAGAGAAUGGAUCGAAUCCUCAGCCGCACCAGACAUUUAUAAAAACUCAUUUCCUUCUCAAUUAAAUACCACACAAUCUUCUCUCCUUCUUCCAUUUUAACCUUUUCUCUGUCUCUCUCUCUCUCGUUGUGGUUCUUCUUCAUCAUAAUCACAAAUACUAAUCUAAACAAGGCAAAAUAUAUAUAUAUAAAUAAAAAAAGGAGGAUCUGAGUUGCUUUUCUCUUACCGUAGGAAGGUUUUCACGAUGGCAUCCAAGCGGAUCUUGAAGGAACUCAAGGAUCUCCAGAAGGAUCCUCCUACCUCUUGCAGCGCCGGUCCUGUUGCUGAAGACAUGUUUCAUUGGCAAGCAACAAUUAUGGGUCCUCCGGACAGUCCUUAUGCUGGAGGUGUUUUCCUAGUCACUAUUCAUUUCCCUCCGGAUUAUCCCUUCAAACCACCCAAGGUUGCAUUCAGGACAAAGGUAUUUCACCCAAAUAUAAAUAGCAAUGGAAGCAUUUGCCUUGACAUAUUGAAAGAGCAGUGGAGCCCUGCUCUAACCAUUUCCAAGGUGUUGCUCUCAAUUUGUUCCCUGUUGACGGACCCAAAUCCUGAUGAUCCUUUGGUCCCCGAAAUCGCCCACAUGUACAAGACAGACAGGAACAAGUACGAGUCAACUGCCAGAAGCUGGACCCAGAAAUAUGCCAUGGGCUAAGUGACCUGUGGUAUGCGUGAGGGAGAGCCUUUUUAGUUCAAGUGUUUAGGCCUAACAGCCCUUGUAUGAAUAUUUGUCUGUCGUCUUCAAUCAUGAACGGAUUAAGGCCCCUCCAUUAAAGAUCAAUGGGGGAAAAACGUUUCUUCUGCUGUUUGUAUUAUUGCAAAUGUUAAUUUUUGAACAGUGAAAUGUGGCCCAAUUCCAUGUUUGCUAAAUUUUUUA